ACCCUCCAACUCGAACUCUGUCCAAAGCAAAGGCCCGCCGGUUGUAAACAAACAAACAUGGGGAAGAAGAAGCAGCGGCUGAAUCCAGAUGCAGACGCCGAACUGGAACCAAACCCAAUCAACGGCAACACCGAUGAAGAUUCUUACAGCAACAAGAAGCAUAAGAAGAAGAAGAACAAGAAGAUUAAAACAAACGAAAUACCCACUGUCAGCAUAGCCGUUCCUGCUUCCAUCAUUGACAACGUUCCAACCCUUGAACUCGCUACUCGGUUGGCUAGUCAAAUUGCUCGUGCCGCGACUAUUUUUCGAAUCAAUGAGGUGGUUGUGUUUGACAAUAGAAGUAAUACAGAUAAAGAUUAUACUGCCGUGGAUAAUUCAGAUGAUGAAAGUAGUUCAGCGUUUCUCGUGCGCAUUUUGCAGUAUCUUGAGACUCCUCAGUAUUUGAGGAAGGCUCUUUUCCCAAUGCAUAACAGCUUAAGAUUUGUGGGGAUGUUGCCGCCUCUUGAUGCUCCACAUCAUUUGCGCAAACACGAGUGGGGUCCGUAUCGAGAAGGUGUCACAAUAAAAGAAAGACAUGCAAACUCUGGGGCAACACUAGUUGAUGUUGGCUUAUUUAAGCAUGUUGCAGUUGACCAAAUACUUGAACCAGGAAAAAGAGUUACGGUGGCUAUGGGCGCCAAUCGCAAUUUGGAUUCUGAUGUACCACGUGAGGUUGUCUCAUCAUCCAAGCCUAGGGAAGAAGGAGCAUAUUGGGGAUAUCAAGUGCGUUAUGCUCACAAUAUUAGCUCAGUAUUUAACGAAUGUACAUACAAGGGUGGAUAUGAUUGUAUAAUUGGUACCUCUGAGCAUGGUCUGAUUAUUAAGUCAUCUGAACUUGAAAUACCUUCCUUCAGACAUUUAUUGAUCGCCUUUGGUGGAUUGGCUGGGUUGGAAGAGAGUAUUGAGGAAGAUGACAACUUUAAGGGAAAAAAUGCAAAGGAAGUAUUCAACUUAUAUUUAAACACGUGUCCACAUCAGGGGAGCCGAACAAUUCGAACAGAGGAGGCUAUUCUUAUAUCUCUUCAGUACUUCCAAGAACCAAUAAGCCGAGCAAUGCUGGGUUGAAUAUUGUUGUAGUCUUAACAUUUUUGUAGUCCAGGCACUGAUUCUCUAAAUCAUUAUAUAUAUGUAAACCCAAUUUAGGCUACAUCCUUUUUCAUUAGUUCUCUCACCAUAGAAGCACUUAUGAAACUAUAUUAUUUAUAUUUUUCUAAUUCGUGUUAAUUAAUCUUUUUGUUAGACAUGUAUGGUAGUCCUUUGUGGGAUUGACAGAAGAUUUAACAUGGUUCAAGGAACCUUCUGAUGGCGACAAAUGACUUUGAACAUUAUUCCAUAUAUUUUUUGAAUUUAACGGUGGUGCGUUUUCUGUAUAAAA